CUGGGCCGGGAUGGAGGCCGUGCCCCGCAUGCCCAUGAUCUGGCUGGAUCUCAAGGAGGCCGGGGAGUUCGCUUUCAACGCCGCUGUUAAGAAGUUUGUCCUAAAGAAUUAUGGGGAGAACCCAGAGAACUACAAUGAGGAGCUGCGGAAGCUGGAGGUGCUCCGGCAGAGCGCCGUGAACGUGCCCAGGGACUUCGAGGGCUGCAGCACGCUGAGGAAAUACUUUGGCCAGCUCCACUACCUGCAGAGCCGGAUCCCCAUGGGCGCCGAGCAGGAGGCUGCAGUUCCCAUUGCAUGGACAGAGAUCUUUUCAGGCAAGACAGUGACUCAUGAGGACAUCAAGUAUGAACAGGCUUGCAUCCUGUACAAUCUGGGUGCACUGCACUCCAUGCUGGGCGCCAUGGACAAGAGAGUGUCUGAGGAGGGCAUGAAGGUUUCGUGCACCCAUUUCCAGUGUGCUGCCGGUGCCUUUACCUACCUGCGGGACCACUUCCCCCACUCCUACAGCGUAGACAUGAGCCACCAGAUCCUCAACCUCAACAUCAACCUCAUGCUGGGCCAGGCACAGGAGUGUCUGCUGGAGAAGUCCAUGCUGGACAACAGGAAGAGUUUCCUUGUGGCCCGGAUCAGCGCUCAGGUGGUGGAUUACUACAAAGAGGCCUGUCGGGCCUUGGAGAACUCAGAGACAGCCUCACUGCUGGGAAAGAUCCAGAAGGACUGGAAGAAGCUGGUUCAAAUGAAGAUCUACUAUUUUGCUGCUGUGGCCCAUCUGCACAUGGGAAAACAGGCCGAAGAGCAGCAGAAGUUUGGGGAAAGGGUCAUCUACUUCCAGAGUGCACUGGAUAAACUCAAUGAAGCUAUCAAGCUGGCAAAGGGACAGCCAGAAACUGUCCAGGAAGCCCUGAGAUUCACUAUGGAUGUGAUCGGUGGCAAGUACAACUCAGCCAAAAAAGACAACGACUUCAUCUACCAUGAAGCUGUGCCUGCCUUGGACACCCUGCAGUCUGUGAAAGGUGCUCCACUGGUGAAAGCCCUCCCUGUCAACCCCACAGACCCUGCUGUCACCGGCCCUGAUAUCUUUGCCAAGCUGGUGCCCAUGGCUGCCCACGAGGCUUCUUCACUGUACAGUGAGGAGAAGGCCAAACUGCUGAGAGACGUAAUGGCAAAGAUUGAAGCCAAGAAUGAAGUGCUGGACCAGUUCAUGGACCCCAUGCAGCUGGACCCUGAGACAGUGGACAACCUGGACAUGUACAGCCACAUCCCCCCCAUCCUGAUGGAGAAGUGCGCCGCGCUCAGCGUGCGCCCUGACACCGUCAAGAAUCUCGUCCAGUCCAUGCAGGUGCUCUCUGGAGUGUUCACUGAUGUGGAAGCCUCGCUGAAGGAGAUCCGGGACCUGCUUGAGGAGGACGAGGCGCAGGAGCGCAAGCUGCAGGAGCUGCUGGGGAAGGGCUCAGUGCCACAGGGUUCUCCGCCACCAGCAUCCUCCACGGGGCUGGCAGAGGUCAGCAAGGAGUGCUCCAAGUACAUGGAGGUGCACGAAAAGGCCAGCUUCACCAACACAGAGCUGCACAAAGCCAUGAACCUGCACAUUGGCAACCUCCGCCUGCUCAGCGGGCCGCUGGAACAGGUCCGGGCUGCGCUGCCCUCACCCACACUGAGCGAAGAUGACAAACAGGUGCUGCAGAACCUGAAGAGAAUCCUGGGCAAGGUGCAGGAGAUGAGGGACCAGCGGAUGUCCCUGGAGCAGCAGCUGCGUGAGAUGAUUCAGAAGGAUGAUAUCACCACCUCACUGGUCACCACUGAUCGCUCCGAGAUGAAGAAACUCUUUGAGGAGCAGCUGAAGAAAUAUGACCAGAUCAAGGUAUACCUGGAGCAGAAUCUGGCUGCACAGGAGAACAUCCUGAAGGCCCUGACAGAUGCCAAUGUCAAAUACGCAGCUGUGCGCAAGGCCCUGGCCGAGGUGGAGCACAAGUGGAACACCACUGUUCAGACCUUGGUGGCCUCCUACGAAGCCUAUGAGGACCUGAUGAAGAAAUCUCAGGAGGGGAAGGAUUUCUACACUGACCUGGAGGGGAAAGCUGCCAAGCUGCUGGAGAAGGCACGGGCGGCCUGCCAGGCUGCUGAAGCCAACAGGCAGCAGAUCUUGGAGAAGGAAAUGAAGAAGCACCCACCCCCUCGUCCCACAGCCCCCAAACCCUCCCUGCAGAAGAAGCCAUUGGAGCUGGAAGCCGAGGGGCCAGAGGUGGGCGACCUCCCCCCGCUGGGCUCCCUGGGCUUGGCCGACCUGCCCGAGGACCUGCGCAGCCUCCCCCCCGAUGUCCUGGCCGCACAUCCGGCCCGCCUGCCGCCCUCGCUGACCCCCGCGCCGGGCACAGCCGAGACCGCCUUCCAGCGCCAGAGCUCCUCCACCGACGACCUCCUGUCCUCCAGCCCCGAGAGCCAGCACGGCGGCUCCAAGGCGGCCGUGGGGCAACCCCUAUUGCAGCCCACCAAGGCGGACGCCAAGGAGGGUCAGAAGCCCAAAGCGGUGCAGCUGAUCGAGAACGAUCCCUACGAGAAACCCGAGCGCGUUUUGCGGCUGCGGGCCGAGCUGGAGCGCUUCCGAGCGCUGCUGCAGCGCCUGGAGCAGACGGAGCCCGGCGGUACCGCGGAGCUGGACGCGCUUUGGAAGGAGCUGCAGGACGCCCAGGAGCGCGACGCCCGGCAGCUCUCCAUCGCCAUCGCCCGCUGCUAUUCCAUGAAGAACCGACACCAGGACAUCAUGCCCUACGACAGGAACCGCGUGGUGCUCCGCUCGGGCAAAGACGACUACAUCAAUGCCAGCAGGGUGGAGGAUCUGUCCCCGUACUGCCCAACCAUCAUCGCCACGCAGGCGCCGCUGCUCGGCACCGCCGCCGACUUUUGGCUCAUGAUCUACGAGCAGAAAGUGUCCGUGGUUGUCAUGCUGGUGUCGGAGCAGGAGCUGGAGAAGCAAAAGGUGCUGCGGUAUUUCCCGACGGAGCGGGGCCAGCCGGUGGUGCAGGGUCCCAUCACUCUCGUCCUCAGCAGCGUGAAGGCGGCCCCGACCCACGUGGAGCGGAUGAUAACGCUGCAGUAUCGCGAUCAGAGCCUGAAGCGCACCGUCAUCCAUCUGCAGUUCACCUCCUGGCCGGAGCUGGGUCUGCCCGACAGCAAGGCGAGCCUGCUGCGCUUCAUCCAGGACGUGCACGGCCACUACCUGCACCAGCGCCCGCUGCACACCCCCCAUCCGUGGUGCACUGCAGGUGAGCGGCGCUGCGGGCUCGGGCUGACGGAGCCUCUCCCGCAGCUCUACUUCCAGCAGGACCCGCAGGAUCUGGUGCUGGGCGGCGAUGUGCCCAUCAGCUCCAUCCAGGCCACCAUCGCCAAGCUGAGCAUCAAACCGCCGGGCGGGGUGGAGGGAGGGGUGGGCUGGGGGGCCGGAGGUCGCCCCUGUGCCAACGCUGCCGCCGUGGAGGCUGUGCCGGUGCUGCCUGACGCUGUGACGGACGGAGGGACGGGGACGGACGGAGGGACGGCGGCAGAUGGUGUCUGUGCCCCCAACCCUGAGCCGGUGCCAGAGCCGCCGGGUGACGCCGAGAGCAGCAACCACGUGGAGGAGAUCCCCCCGCCAGCCCCCGCUGCCCCCCCGGCGCCCACCUCCUCCCUGGAGCUCCUCGCCUCGCUCACACCCGAGGCUUUCACGUUGGACGCGUCGCUGAAGGGCAAACAGCGCAUGAACAAACAGAACUUCCUGCAGGCGCAGACGGGCGAAGGGCUGCGGGCUCCCCGGCCCAGCGAUGACCCGCUCAGCAUGCUCGACCCCCUCUGGACACUCAACAAGAGCUGAGGGGUGGCUCAGCCCACCCCCCCCAGCAGCACUACAGCCCCCAGCUCGGUGGGGCACGGUGGGGCACGGCCUCCCCCCACCCUCUGCUUUGUGCAGCGUCACACGGGCGCUCAGCACGGCCUUUCACUCUGAGCAGAACUGACUUUUUCAGCUCUUUGCUACUAAAAUAAAGAGAGUUUGAUCUGGCACAGAAGCGCUUCUCCCACUUGGGCUUUGGCCAC